AUGUCUUUACAAACCUUGUUUGGUGGGUUAAAAUUAUUGAAGCAAACUAAGACACAUGUCCCUUUUACAAAUUCGAAUCUCAGCUCAGUGUUGCGAAGUAAAUGUACGGGAGAACUUUCAUUAUGUUUUCAAAAGUCUCGCAGUUACACUUCAUUAAAUGCAUUAAAAUUUGCACUGUUAUAUCCCAAUUCACGGAAUUCGAAUUUUGGUUCCACGCAUACUUUAUUCCGCUUUAAUAACAUACGUAAUUUUGCAAUGAGAAGAAGUAUGGAGAGACGCAUAUACAAUCAGGAGGAGGAGGAAUUAAUUGAAGAGGAAGAACCUGUUGAGACGGAAAUUGAAUCUAAUAAUGUUUCUCAAGAAGAAUACGUACCUGCUCGGUUUGAUGAUAUCACUGCAAUUUCACCUAAAACUCAAAAGGCUUUACGAGAAGAAUUUCGAUAUACCACUAUGUCAAAAGUUCAAGAUGCUGUUUUAUCACAAUCCCCGAUUGAAUGCGAUUUAUUCGUAAAAGCUAAAACAGGAACUGGUAAAACACUAGCCUUCCUUAUACCUGCGAUUGAUACAAUGCUCCGUUUAAAUCCAAAAAAUGAUGGCAAAACGGUUCAAAUUAUGAUCCUUUCUCCUACUCGCGAAUUAGCGCAGCAAAUUGCUGCUGAGGCAGAAAGACUUACACGUUUCUAUGACUUUAGAGUUCAUUGUUUAGUAGGUGGUGAAAAAAGAGAUAUACAAAUAAGGAGAUUGAUGCAAUACAGAGCAGAUAUUGUUGUUGGUACCCCUGGUAGAGUUGAGGAUUUAUUACAAAGUCUGCCUCAUUUUAAGAGACAAUGCAGAGAGGUUAAAACUUUGAUUCUUGAUGAAGCGGACCAAUUGUUGGAUAUGGGAUUCCGGGAUGCUAUUGAAAGAAUUAUUGGCUAUUAUCCGAGGGAUCGUCAAACUUUUCUAUUUUCGGCAACUGUUUCACCUCAGAUUCGUCAAAUUUCAAAAUUUGCACUUAAACCAGAUUAUACUUUUAUUGACACAGUCGAUCCUAAUGAUGUAAACACAAAUACUCAUAUAAAACAAUCGUAUUCAAUUGUUCCAUAUGAUUCUCAACCCUUCGUUAUCCGAAAAGUUAUCAAUGAACAUAGGAAAACCCAUAAAAAUGGAAAAAUUAUUAUGUUUUUGCCAACAAAAACGGGAACCAUACUAUACUCAAGUUACUUAAGAAGUCUUGGCGAUAUGGAAGUUUUUGAACUUCAUUCGGGAAAGAGUCAAGAUGUGCGUACCAGAGUAUCAAAUAAAUUCAGAAAUGCUAAAAGUGAUGCUAUCCUUGUUACCUCAGAUGUAUCUGCACGUGGUGUAGAUUAUCCAGGGGUUACUUUAGUACUUCAAAUUGGUGCUCCAUCUUCACGGGAACAAUACAUCCAUCGUCUUGGACGAACUGGUCGUGCAGGCAAAGAAGGAGAGGGUAUAUUGCUUUUGGCACCUUUUGAAAAGGGUUUCAUGCGAAAUAUUGAAGACUUACCAUUACAGCCAGUUGAAGGUAUUACUGAAGACAAUGACAAUAAUACAGAUCGAAGGGUUGAGGAAGCAAUUCAAAGGCUUGACAUGUUUGAGGUUAGAACCGCAUGUAUGUCUGCUCUCGGUUACUACACAGGAAAACUCAGUACGCAUUUCAUCAGGAAAGAUGAUCUGAUAGAUUCAGUUAUGGAUUUAGGCCGAUCUUUUGGUACAGAAGUAAAGAUAAGUCCUGCAGCAUUGUCUAGGAUUGGAAUUAAUCCAGGUGGUCGUGGAGGAGGUAGACCUGGAGGAGGUGGUAAAUUUGGUGAUCGUGCACCAGGUCGAUUUGGUGACAGGAAGUCCUUUGGACGUUUUGACGAUGAUUCGCGGCCUCCAAGAUACUCAUUUGAUCGAAACAAUCGUUUUUCACAACGUGAAUCCCGUGACCGUUAUAAAUACUGA